AUGACGACAGAAGAAGCGGCGGCGACACAGCAGCAGCUGCAGCAUCGGGUGUAUCAGGAGCAGUACCUCCUGAGGUACUGGAGCGAGGCGCUCAACCUUAACCCACGCGCGCGGAUGGUGAUGGCGAUGAGCCGCCCGCUGCACCCCUCCUCCCUUUGUCCGCGCCCGUUGCUGCCCCCCAUCCUGACGCCUGCGAAGCUGUAUCGCGGCGUGCGGCAGCGACACUGGGGGAAGUGGGUGGCGGAGAUCCGCCUCCCCCGGAACCGCAGCCGCCUCUGGCUCGGAACCUUCAACACCGCCGAGGAAGCCGCCCUCGCUUACGACCGCGAGGCGUUCAAGCUAAGAGGGGAGAACGCGAAGCUCAACUUUCCUCAUCUCUUCCUCGGCACCGGUGGCGGUAGUGGUGACAGAGGCGGGGCUUCUUGUUCUUCCUCCUCAUCCUCUCCUCCUGCCACGCCUGAGGAAGCUCGACCACAAACCAUCCACCACCAAUCGCAACCCCGGCCACCUCCACCUGUGGCUUUUGAGACUACAGGCGUUACUGCCACCGUCAUCGGCAGUUCCAGCAGCGGCGACGGCUCCGCGUCAGGGCUUGAUGAAUCCGGUGGAUCGGAGCCUACAGCCCCCGAGACAACAACACCCGAAAUGGUGUGGGGAAACACCGCUGCAGCAGCGGAAGAAUGGUUCAGCACCUGGGGGCCAGGGAGCUCCAUAUGGGACGACAUCGACGGAGCCAAUAGCUUGCUCCUCCACUCCCGGUUCACGAGCUUCGCCGACAUGGAUCCCUCCAAUGCCGCACCACCAUCAUCAGCCGCAACGACGACAGCAUCUCCGGAUGCUGACGCGUCUUCUACUGCUGGUCCUGGCCCUUCUUCUUCCGUGUUUUUGUGGAAGGAGUGACCAAAUAGAUUUCUCAUCUACUUCUUCUUCCUGCAUCAACCACAUUGUCACCAUGCAUGCAAUGGUUCAGUAGCACAGAGCUUGCGGCAACCUCGCGCAGAUCAUGCAGCUGCUUUGUUCACAGGUUGCAGAUUUUUACGAGGCAUCCAGUGUGACUAUAGGAAUCUUAUCUGCUGCAUGUUAGGAUAUCAGAUUUGCCACCGUUCCUCUCCUCUCUGCAUCUACUACAUCAGGAUAUCAUGCAUUGGAAGAUUCCGGCAUGCAGUUUACUCUGUCUACUUCACUGGUUGCAGAUUUUAUGAGACAGCCUGUGACUUCUGAUUGUUAUCUCUGCGUGCCAAAAAUCUCAGAGUUUAUAUCCUGCUAUCAUUCUUGCACAGAAGUAAAUGAUCAAGUAACCUAGAAAUUAUUACUUGACAUCAUUCUACACUCCAAGAUGUAGAUGCACUCACAUUUUCCUGGAAAUUCCAGCUACAAUUCGAGUCUCUCUUCUCUGGUUUAUAAGGCAAAAGAUAUGACUAUGAACAGCUCUGAAAAGAUAUCAGAAAGCACACUGCCAUCCAAAGAGGGAGCUUUGGUGGAGAUGUUGAGGACUGGCCCCAAAUCACCACCACCAGCAGUAGCCAACCCUAUCAUUGGCAACCUUGUGGAAGACCUCCGACUUUAAACACCUACAGCUGACUUUGAAGUCAUAGUCUUACAGCUCUUGGAUCUUUCUUAUCUAUCCCCCCUGUCACAUCACAAUGUUUCUGCAGGCCUCCAUCAACCAUUUGUCUCCGAUCAGUGGACUCGAGAUCACUUCAUUCAACCUUGGAUUGUCUGAGUACCUCGAACUGUGUUCUUCGUGCUCAUGCUAAAAGUAUCAAUCUCUGUGUCACUUUAGAACAGAGUUUGCUGCUGUAAUCCACAGUCUUUCAUGCUACCAAGAAAUGAGUGCUUCAGAAGUUCAAAGGAUUUCAUGAAGGCUGCCCUCAAAGGCUAUCAUAAGAGAGUUCAAAGAAAGAGAAAAAGCAAUAGCAUCAUGUAGCAAGAUGAAAUCAGCAUCUGCAUGGAGUUUCACAUCUGCAUCCUGCUUGUGACCAUUAAGAUGAAGGGUUUUCUUGUUUGGGAUAGCUCCAUUCAUGCAGAUGAAUAUAACAGGGAUCUGAAUCAUACACAAGUGCUGCAAGUUUCAUGGUUGGCUUCUCACUCAAAAUAAUCUGUAUAAGUAGGCUUUAGUGUUCCAUUUGCACAAGUCAUAAGCAGCAGCUGUAGAUCUCUUGUUUUCGAGUUGCAGGACUAGAAAAGCACAAGAUCACUAAUAAUUCAGUAAUCAAGUUCUUGUCAACAAAUGCUGCUGCUUCAAGUGACUUCAGACAAGGCAACAAGAUUUCCACCGAGCAUCAUGAGCAGACUCCUCGAACGCAUCAAGAUCCACAUAAGAAACAUCUUCUGCUCGUGAAACCUCUACUGACUCACCAUAACUGGCAGUACACAAGUCCAUAGAAAGAUUAGGACAAAGCACUCUACCGACUCGCCAUUCCAGUUGUCAGUAAAUGUUUUGAGAGUUUACAGCAAAAUGACUUUGUCGACUAAAACUAGAGAAUGUUGGAAACAUAAAGCCUAAAAUUAAAAAAAAAA